AUGGCGCCCAGCCCUAACACCCAAGCCAUCGAGAAAAACCGACCCAUCGUAAUCAGCGGCCCCAGCGGCGCCGGUAAAAGCACAAUCCUCAAGAAACUCUUCACCGAAUUUCCCGAUAAAUUCGGCUUCAGCGUGAGUCACACGACACGUUCCCCACGCCCCGGCGAACUUGACGGCCGUGAAUACCACUUUACAAGCCCGGAAACAUUCUUGCAGAUGGUCUCCGACGAUGCUUUCAUCGAGCAUGCGCAAUUCGGCGGGAACCGGUAUGGCACCAGUAUAGCGGCCGUCGAAAGUAUUGCAUCUACCGGGCGCAUCUGCAUACUAGACAUUGAGCUCGAGGGCGUGAAGCAAGUUGCGAGCCACAAGACGUUUCCGCGGCCUUUCUUUUUGUUCUUGGCCCCACCGAGUCUGGAUGUUUUAGAGGAGAGGUUGAGGGCGAGAGCGACGGAUAAUGAAGACGCGAUUCAGAAGAGACUGGCGCAGGCAAAAGUCGAGAUGGACUUCGCGGAGAGAGGGGAAAUACAUGAUCAGGUCGUAGUGAAUGAGGAUUUGGAGAAGGCGUAUAAUGAGGUCAGGAGGUUUGUGGAGGAACGGGUAGGAGUGUAG